AUGGGCAACCAACCAGGUUAUUUUUAUUAUGGAAAUCCUUGUGCUUCCUAUGGAUGUUACUCUUUUUAUCCAAUUUCUGGUUAUUCUUUUUUUCCAAUAUCUGGUUAUCCUCUUCUUCCAAUUUCUGGUUUUCCGGCUGCUUCAAUAUAUCGUGUUCCUCGUUAUCCAAUUUAUGAUUAUCCUGGUUAUCUACCAACCUAUUAUGAUGAUCGAGGUUACUAUGGUAGACACCGUCGUAGGUAUGGCACAACAACAUUUUAUUGA